AUGACGCCGGGAACAGUAUAGAUCGACAGGAAAAUAUCUUUUCUUUAAUUUGAUGUAUGAUUUGCCAUAUAUCAUGCAGUGUAAUUUUCGGUAGACUUCAUGAAACAUCGAAAAAUGGUAAAAAAAAAAAAGUUAGAGAAAAUGGCAGGCUCUGUUCAGAUUUCCGAUCGACAGCCUGCAUGACCAGCUUGAAAACUAGACUCGAGGGUCCGACAUGAUAAUGUAAGACCAUGAACUAUCAUACUAGUAAGUUUGUUUACUAUCGUAGAAACACUGUACCGACAUUGAUUAGCGGACAUGUCGUGUGUUUUGCGCUACCCACUAGGGAUUUAGCAUGUCAUCCCGUGGACAGCACAGUGUCCGACCAACUGAAAUUCGACAAUUUGUCGAUGUUUCAUGAUAUAUGGCAAAUCAUACAUCAAAUUAAAGAAAAAAAUAUUUUCCAGUCGAUCUAGACUGCUCCCGGCGUCAUACUAUGAACUUAUAUGACUAAAUCACAUGUUUUCUGGAACGGGGUCAUUUUACUAGGCGGACAGAGUAUGAUGACCGUUACACACGAGGCCUUGCCAGAGAGGGCCAAGGACAUUUUCUACCGCGUGAAAAGGUUCAUCAAGGAAGAGAUCAACCCACAUGAAGCAGUGUUACUACAGUUCUCCAGAUCUGACAAGAAAUUGGAGGUCAACCCCCUGGUGGAAGAGUUCAAGGCUAAAGCUAAGGCCCAAGGUUUGUGGAACCUGUUCAUGCCAGUAGAAUCUGACCCAGAUAUGAAGUACGGAGCUGGACUGACCAAUCUUCAGUUCGCCUUCAUGGCGGAAGAGAUGGGCAAGUGUGUGUGGGCCGCCGAGGCGUUUAACUGUUCGGCGCCAGACACGGCUAACAUGGAGACACUAGUGAAGUAUGGUACAGAGGAACAGCAACAGCAGUGGCUGAUCCCCCUCCUCAACGGCGAAAUCAGGUCUUGCGUCGGCAUGACAGAACCCCAUGUGGCGUCGUCUGAUGCGACAAACAUUGAGGCGUCAAUCGAGCGAAGGUCUGACCACUACCUAAUCAACGGUCAUAAAUGGUGGACAUCAGGCGCUAUUCAUCCCAAAUGUAAAGUGUGCUUCUUCAUGGGAAAGACUGACAAAGGAGCCAGCAUUCAUAAGCAACAAAGCAUGAUCCUCGUUCCCAUGGAUGCCACCGGGGUCAAGGUCAUACGACCUUUGUCUACAUUUGGCUACAUGCAUGAACCAGCGGGCCACGCUGAGGUGAUAUUUGAUAAUGUGAAAGUACCACUAACUAACAUUCUGCUUGGAGAGGGUCGGGGGUUUGAAAUCGCUCAGGAGAAUCUAGGUCCUGGCAGGAUCCAUUUUUGUAUGCAUAUGAUAGGUAAUGCAGAGUUAGCCCUGGAACUAAUGAUCAAACGGACCCAAGAACGCGUUGCAUUUGGGAAGCCCCUGGCCGCUCAGGGCACCAUCCAAGCCGACGUGGCCCAGUGCCGGAUCGAGAUUGACCAGGCUAGACUACUACUCAGGGCCGCCUACAUCAUGGAUAAUUUUGGAAAUAAGGUUGCAGCUGCAGACAUAUCCAUGAUAAAGGUUGUGACACCAAAUAUGGCGCUGAAUGUUAUAGACAGGGCUGUACAGGUGCAUGGAGGUGCAGGUCUAAGCCAGGACUUUCCGCUGGCAUUUAUGCUUGCUUCUGCCCGGAUAUUACGGAUAGCUGAUGGAUCAGACGAGGUACACAGACGCGCCGUGGCCAGAAUGGAAUACCGUCGAGCUAGACAGAUCAACAAGCUGUAAACGCACAGCAGCAAAACUGACAAUCAAGUUUGGGAGAAUAAAAUACAAUGAGUACUAAUAGUUCGUUGUUUUGCAACAUGUUUGAUAAUAGAGUGGCCAAAACUGUCUGUAGUGGUUUUAUAAUGUAUGUUUGACAUAUAUGUGAAAUUAAUGCAUUCAAAUAAUAAAAGUCAGAAUGAAAAAGAGCUUGAGGUACUCUACAGCAAAUGCCAGAAGCAACCUGAUAUUAGGUUAUUUAAAAAUCAAUUUAAAUCCCUAUUGAUAAUGAACUAAUGCAUAUAAGUAUGUAUAUUAAUAUGAGAAAUGUGUUAAAAGAAGAUUCACUUUUUACAUUUAACUACUAUUCAGGACUCAAAUACUUAUUUGACAGCCACUUUACGGACUCGCCACGUUGUGGCUUAGCGAGUUGUUUCCAGUGUUUCAGAGUUGAGACACUGAGUAGUUUCCAGUGUUUCAGGCUUAGUGAGUAGUUUCCAGUGGUUCAAAGUUGAGACACCGGUCAUUUGUGAUCUUUGAUUGACAAACAAACCAGACCUGUUCGAAAGCUUGCAAAAAAAAAUAAUAAAAAAAUUCAUGUAUCUCGUUCUCGAAUGAUACUUUAGGGGUUUAUAUACAUUAGUGUGAAAGUCUCGAGUCAUAAAAAAGUAGGAAACAAUUUUAACACACAAUCAUUUUAAAAGCACAUCAUUCACAAUAUUGGGUAGGAAUAUAUAGCGGAAACUGGUCAGAAAAUAAAUGAAGCAGCAAACCCUUAUAACUCAGUAAUGAUCAGGUUUAUUCAUGUAUGUAAAGAUGUACAUACCAUUACACGUAAAACAAUACAUACAGUAAAAAACCUUUACAAUCACAUGCACGUCCUGCUUACUGCUUCCAAUAAAGCAAAAAAUUAAAAUUAAUAUCUGAUAAGAGACAUUGUCUUAUGAGACUCGGUCAAGUUCUAUACCAUAAUCAUAUAAGGAAGUAAUUUCUUUAGACUUGUCAUGUUACAGAAACUGUUCUGCUAAAUUGUUUAAUAACAAUAACACAUCAAUAUCAGAGACAACAAUAUAAAAGGCAAUUAAACCUGUGGAAUAAUAGAAUCUCUCACCCCCUUUGGGGUGAGAUAGGGGAAUCUGAAUCCGAGGGGGAAGAUUCUUAAGUUGCCAAA